AUGGAGACACAGCGCAUGCAAAUGCAGCGACUGUACGAUGCAGGCACAGAAUUAAAUCAGGGCCCGUUGAGGGUUAAUCCAAAUCUCCCACUCCAAUCGUCCCUGCCUUCGUCGCAAAGCGGGGAUCGAUCCCCUCCAACCAAUGGUUUGGCAAGGACGACCUCCAAAAGGCGAAGGCCAACUGGGACUGGACCUGGAAGGACACCAAUCGAGAACUUUCCACAACCUCCUGCUCCCGAAGUACCGAAAGCACCACCUGUUUCGUACCGUCCUCCACAUGGCACCGAGACCUACAGCCCACCCGAAGGCAACUUUCCAGCCUCUUUUGCAGAGCGAGCGCGUGUUCUGACCGGAAAGUCACUACCCGCAGAACCACCAGAUCUCAACCCUGAGCCCCUCCCUCAGCCAGCACGGCCAGAGAGACGAGGAAGUCUCAAUCGUCCCAUUGGUGGAUUAUACUCAGAAAUCCAGAAGCACAAAAGAGACUCAUACCCUCCCCCUAACGGUCCUAUAUCACCCAGGCGGUUCUCAAAUCCAGCAAGCCCACGACAAUUCGAAUCUAGAAGUGGCAAUCCUCCAAGUCGAAAAAGCAGCUCAGCAACAGCUCAGAAAACCCCAGAAACUCUGUCUCCUGCUACCCAGCCGAGUGCUAGACGUGCUCCAGCCAGUGUAGCGCAACCACAAGGAAGAGAGUGGGCGCCAGAGCAUUCGCCGUUGCAGAAACUCGAGGUCGAGCUUACCAGCAAAGAAAAGAAACGAGCACGUGUAGAGGCUGCUGAACGAAAGCUUCGAGAAUCUCAGGCCCGCAACAGGCAGCACGACUCUGGUCGAGAAAGUGACUUUGCCGCGGAUCGGAGCACAUCAAGACGUGUUUCUAGAUAUACUGGUGCUGCUAAAUCACGAAGAUUUCCUGACCAGACUGAAGUCAAUUGGCCUGACGGGCACAGAGAACAACCGGUUCGCGAAUCACAACCACAACGAACUUCAGGAAGGAUAUAUUCUGACUCCUACCAGCCUUUGUCUUCAAAUCGUACCGGCAAGACAUCUACAAGAUCGACCGAGACGCCCCAGUCCGACCAGCACCAAGGACGAGGCGUGAGAUUCCAAGGCGAAGAGGAUACUGAAGAUCUUGAUGCCUACUCUAGCGAUAUGGACAAGGCAGACUCGCGCAGUCACAGGAGAAGUUGGGGAACGGAAGCAUUGGCAAGAUCAGAUCAAGAACGUGCUGCUCGGAGAGACAAAUUUCGUCGAGACGCAGUAACGGUGGGAAAACGGACGCCGUCCAGAGACGUACCCACAGAACAAAAGGAGCUGUACAAUAGUAGAGUGGAGAGAUUGAAUGAAGAUGCGUCAGCCGCAACUUAUGGAGGCGCACCAGACCCUGUACCACGGCAUACUGUACAGGACCAAGGGCAGGCUACAAAAUACGGAAUACCUCCACAAACUGCUGCUGGUAUCCAGGCCAGACAGAUCGUGGGAUUUGGCAGUGGGUCGCAGGGAGUGAUCGAGGGUCACGCAGAUCGAAAACAUCACCUCUCCACCAUCUUGCAUCGAGGUCACAACCACACUGCCAGUGCGUACGAACAGCCCAAUGCUAGGCCAAGAAAUCUUGACGAGUGGAAGCAAGGAGGUACAGCAAGACUCUCGGCUGCUGAUUUUGUUUCCGGGAAAGAGUCAAAAGAUAAAGGGGAUACGUGGUGGGAAGAGAGCAGGUCUGACAGUCGCCGCAAAUCGGGAAGAGCAAGACAGGCACAACCUCUCCAAAGAGACUAUCAGGACAACAACGGUAAGAUACCAGGUUCCAUUUCUAGUCAGACAACAAGAUCUGCAGAGUCGCCCUCAAACGAACGCACAAUUCGUACAAGGCAAUAUGUGGGGCACGAGCAAUUUCGGAGGGUCAGAAACCACUCGGGAUCGCCUUAUGAAAGUCAUGUGUCCCACUUUCUCCAUCGUACAAAGAAUGAGCAGCUUUCAGGUCUUUCGUCUGUGUACUCUUACUCAUGUACCAAUCUUGCUGAUCACGACCCUGCACACUUUGAACAUAUUUGCGAGCCAUACUUGAGCAAAGAGCUAACUUUGAGUAUGCGGUCUGUCCGCAUACGGCCAGCUCCAGCACUCGCUACCUUUGAUCCACCACUCUACCUGAAAUGUGGUCCUCUCUUGCGCUACACAGGCCUGAAGAGAGACAGACUGCAGAUGCAGACUAGAAGUGGCCCAUCCAGCAGCGAACGCGAGGCAUGGAGAGGUAGCGUCAUGAUCGUCACAGCGGAUGCCGACUCAUCAUAUGAUCCUGCACCAACUUUGCGCCUAUUCCCAGAAGCAAUGGAUCUCUUGCCUCCACCACCGCAACAUAUUGAUGCCGAAGACGGUCACGAGUUACCUGCUGAAUAUAUGGAUCCUAUAGCGGGCUUGCCUAAAUUGUCAAGAAGUGGAAAGACCGUAUACGUCAAGCCUGUAGACGAUCUCGAGCAAGGCGUGGACUUGUCGCGUCUUGAAGAUGAUGACGGGCUUUUCGAGGAAUUCCGUACUGCUGCGGUUCCGACAGCUUAUGGUACUCCCGACUUCCAUCCAGGACGUAGUAAUGGAACAUCGCAAACGAAUCCCAAGAUUGGAGGUCGUGGGGAGAGGGCACCAAAGAGAGGUCAACAAGUCAGGGGUGUUCGACUCCAUGCAGAGCGUGGUGUUACCUUCUGGCGUUUUAAUCUGGAAGUCGAGCUGAGUGUACAACAAACUCGCGUUGCUUACAGUAUCAAUGGCUCGCCGUCUGUGGGAUUCUGGAUACCCGGAAGAGGCCAAUCAAUGAACGUGAUGUUCCAUAGCUGCAACGGUUUUAGUAUGAGCGUCAACCCGGAUAACUUCUCUGGGCCUGACCCUCUCUGGCGAGAUGUGCUCAAUUGCCAUCAGACACGACCGUUCCAUGUCAUGAUUGGUGGAGGGGACCAGAUUUACAACGAUGCUGUCAUGAGCCAAAGCCCACUUUUUCGGAAUUGGCUCGAGAUCAAGAAUCCACAUCACAAACAUGAAGCUGACUUUUCGCCGUCGAUGCAUGAGGAACUCGAGACUUUCUAUCUGGAAAGGUACUCUAUGUGGUUCUCUCAAGGUCUUUUCGGCAUGGCCAGUUCCCAAAUCCCAAUGGUAAACAUGUGGGAUGAUCAUGAUAUCAUCGAUGGUUUUGGUUCCUACCCGCAUCACUUUAUGAGCACGCCAGUAUUUUGCGGUCUCGGAGCUGUAGCGUUCAAGUACUAUAUGCUGUUUCAGCACCAAAGUGUUCCAGACGAAGGGCCCGCUGAUGAGCCAAGUUGGCUCAUGGGAUCUGCACCUGGGCCUUAUAUCAACGAGCCUAGUAGGAGUGUUUUUGUUUCUCUUGGGAAGAAUGUCGCGCUUCUUGCUCUUGAUUGUCGCACAGAGCGAACAAGAGAAGAAAUCCUAAGCGAGGCUACAUAUCAGAUAGUGUUGGAUAGGUGCCGAAGAGAGAUCGUUGAGGGUGAAACGAAACAUCUUGUCGUGGUGCUCGGUGUACCUAUCGCCUAUCCAAGAUUAGUUUGGCUCGAGAACUUGAUCACAAGCAGAGUGAUGGACCCUGUCAAAGCCCUAGGCCGAGCUGGUAUGCUCGGAGGCUUCCUUAACAAAUUCGACGGCGGCGUGGAGAUCUUAGAUGAUCUGGACGAUCACUGGACCGCGAAGAAUCACAAACAAGAGAGGAACUGGUUUGUCCAGGAGCUUCAGGAACUGGCUGCAGAAAAGUCGGUAAGGGUGACAAUCCUUGGUGGUGAUGUUCAUCUAGCAGCGGUCGGCCAAUUCUACUCAAAUCCUAAGCUGAAGAUACCAAAGGACCGAGACCAUCGCUACAUGGCCAAUGUCAUCUCAUCUGCCAUCGUCAAUACGCCUCCACCGAACAAUAUGGCCGAUAUUCUCAACAAGCGUAACAAGACUCACCAUCUCGACGGUGACACCGAUGAGGACAUGAUUCCAAUGUUUAUCCAUGAUGUGAAUGGCAAGCUAAGAAAUAACAAAAGGCUUUUGCCACGAAGAAAUUGGUGCUCAAUUAGAGAGUACUAUCCAGGCUCCACACCUCCACCAACACCACCUCAGUCGGAGCCGCAAACCCCGAGCGACGAGUCUCCGCCCCCUCCAACUCGCCUUCAAAGGACCCUAUCAUUAACAAGGGGUGAUGUAAAACCUGGCAAUCUCAUUCGCCGACUCUCAGGUCGUGGGCCACCGCCAAGCAACGACUUUCCGCCUUCAAACAAGUACGACACUGGAGAUUCUUCAUCCUCGCCUCCGCCUGAUGGCUACUUCCCUCCUCAGCCCAAAAUACCUCAAAGAGCUGUCACCAUCAGCGGCAAUGGCGAUCAACGCCAUAGCUCCGCCCCUCUUCCACGUCCCGGCAAUUUCCACCGCCGUCCGACCAACAUGAGCGAGAAAGCUGCAGCGAAAGGAGGAGACCUGGAUGACAUGACAGGUCACAUCAAUCUUGAGCAUGGACUGGAUCUAGUCUUGAACUGUGAAGUCAACCAGAAAGAUCCAGCAGGUAUCACCGUUCCUUACCGGCUUCUAAUUCCAGCACUUUGGUACGAAGGAGAAGGAGACGUCAAUACCGAGACGUAUAAGAAGAAGGGCCUUUUAUCUCGGCUUAACAGUAUCAGAGGUACCAGGAGAAACACUCUGGCCGGCAGUCAAGGUCGGAGCAACUGGGGUCGGCAAGACAGCCUAACACCAAGUGGGAGCGAGGGUGAGACUGAGGAUGAGGAUGAGGACGAGGCAGAAACUGAACCAGUCAAACCUCGACGAUGGAGCUUUGGAGUCUCCCAAAGGAGGCAGUAUCGAGAUCAGACGCCCCCUCUCGAACGGGAAUAUGGCGAUCAGCGGCCCCAGAGGCAAAGAGAUUUCGAAGAUCGUAACCAGCAGAUUGGACAAACAAAACAGAAACCCUUCUCGAUGCCGCCAAGGCAGAAAAGGCAAUAUGGAGAGCUGGGUCAGCAGCAAGGCCAGUUCGUUAAUUCUGAUUAUGACGAGGCACGGUAUGAUUCUGUUGAUUAUCACCAGCAUCUUGAUGCGAGUCCCCCAAAUCCGAACAGCGGGUACCAACGCAAGCCGAGUAAGGUCGACCGCAUGCUGGGUGUUGGUCCUAUGGCGCGUGCCAACAGCUCCUCAGCGAACGGUGGGAUUAACCCGCCGAGCUCCGCCGACGCUCAUACGAGUGUCCAGACUGGCGCCCCAGGGUAUCCUGAGAGUGGCGGCUCCGAGAGCGAGGAAUAUGAAGAAGAGCCGCCUAAGAAUUCAUCGAGGCCCGCUUCCCAGGGUUAUAGUGGCAUUGAGGCGUAUUCGGAGAAGAAAGAUACAGGGUGGAGAAAGUUCCUGAAUAAGGUCAAGGAUAUCGAGGAGAAAAGUUCUGGCCGACGUCCCCCGGCCAAUUGA